CUCAGGUCUCGGUGGUGGUGCGGUUUACCCGCGGGUUGUCAAGGAGUCCAGGGUUGUGCGGCUGCAAGCGAUACAAAAAAGGAACAGACUGAUUUCUGCAGGCUGCUCAUCAACAAAGAGAAAAGACUGGGUCUGCUUGAGUACCCCAGAGUGGAGGUCUGCUAUGGAAAGUAGAGUGGAUGAGUGUGAGUGUGAUGGUACAGUGUGACGGCUUAUUUAGAAGCCUGCUUGGAGGUAAUGGCUGAUCAGCUGGACCCCGAUGCCCUGGCUGAUGGUUCAGAGCCACUUUUUUCCUUUGGAGUUAUAGCAGAUAUUCAGUAUGCUGAUUUAGAAGAUGGAUUCAAUUAUCAAAGAAGCAGGCGGAGGUAUUACCGGCACAGUCUUGUUCACUUACAGGGUGCCAUUGAAGACUGGAAUAAAGAACGCAGCACGCCCUGUUGUGUCCUCCAGCUUGGAGACAUCAUCGAUGGCUACAACGCACAGUAUAAAGUAUCAGAAAAGUCUCUAGAACUUGUCUUGCAAACAUUCAAAAUGCUUAAAGCCCCAGUUCACCACACAUGGGGAAACCAUGAAUUCUAUAACUUCAAUAGAGACUUCUUAGCAAACUCAAAACUUAAUAGCAAGUUUCUAGAAGACCGAAUUGUACAGCAUCCUGAGACCACGCCAUCAGAGAACUAUUAUGCUUAUCACUUUGUACCAUUUCCUAAAUUCCGGUUCGUUUUACUUGAUGCUUAUGACCUGAGUGUCUUGGGCAUAGAUCAAUCUUCUUCAAAAUAUGAGCAGUGUAUGAAGAUGCUGAGGGAGCACAACCCAAAUGUGGAGUUAAAUAGUCCCCAAGGACUUUCUGAGCCCCAGUAUGUCCAGUUUAAUGGAGGAUUCAGCCAAGAACAGCUGAACUGGUUGAAUGAAGUUCUUACAUUCUCAGACCUGAACCAGGAAAAGGUGGUGAUUGUGAGCCAUCUUCCCAUUUACCCAGAGGCCUCUGACAGCGUGUGCUUGGCUUGGAACUACAUGGAUGCCCUGUCAGUCAUAUGGUCUCACGAGUGUGUGGUGUGUUUCCUUGCUGGUCACACACAUGAUGGUGGCUACUCUGAGGAUCCUUUUGGUAUACAUCAUGUCAACCUUGAAGGAGUUAUUGAAACAGCUCCGGAUAGCCAGGCCUUCGGCACAGUUCAUGUCUACCCUGACAAAAUGAUACUGAAAGGGAGAGGCAGAGUUCCAGACAGAAUUAUGAAUUACAAAAGGGAACAAGCUUUGUGUUUUUAGUCUCAUUAUCUUGUCUGUCUUUGUAGAAAAAGAAUGAUAUUGUUUUGUGUUUUACUCCAUUGCAUAUAUAAGUUGAAUUCUCACUGGGCGUGGUGGCUCCUGCCUUUAAUCUCAGCACUUGGGAGGCAGAGACAGGCAAAUCUCUGAGUUCGAGGCCAGCCUGGUCUACAAAGUGAGUUCCAGGACAGCCAGGGCUAUUACACAGAGAAACCCUGUCUUGGGGGGGGAAAAAAGUUGAAUUCUCAAUCCCGUUGUUAAGUAUUCUGCUUGUAUACAAAGUGGCUUUGUGGCUUCAGUAUGUGUAAGCGAAGAUAAAAUUCAGAAGUGCUAUUUUUGGAUAAUAUAUCCAAGUACUGGCAGCUGGAAAGUAAAGUAAACCAGGAAGGAGACUCGUGGGCAUGUAGUCUAGUAAGGGACUGUAUUUAUCCUAAUUUGAAUUUCUUCUUCUUUUAUAAGGAGAAUGUGCUCUUGUGUUAACUCUAGAGCUUAAUACAUGGAAGCCCAGGCAAGUCUGUCCUGCUUACCGACGUGUGAGCAGGCUUCCCCCAUUUUGGUUCAGAGCACCUGUACUUAGAUAAAGGUGCCAUGCCUGGUCUGUGAAGAAAAACUGAGAGAUUAAGUCAGGUGAAAACGUGGUGCUUCCUUCCAUCUCAGAAGGGCCUGCAGGGACGUGCCAAGUGACACCAGGACCAAGUGCUGGGUGCUGGCUCGUCUGGUCUGUCUGAAAUGCCUAGUACUCUGGGGGGCCAUGGUGUAGAACAUGAUUUAUUUUUGAUUUCCUCUCUAGACACAUGGAGCCCAUUUAACCCCACUGCUGUUUGUGUCAAGGCUUAUCUGCAGAGAGUCUCAACAGCAAACAGACCAUUGAAGAGUAGAGUUUGAGUCAGGGCUGAAAGACUGAAAUACUGGUCACCAUAAGUACCUGUGAAGUGCCUACCAGAAAACAGGCAUGUUCAUUUCCUGUGACUGCUCCAGUGAAUUCUUGAGUAUGUGGCCACUCCCUACAUGUGUUUGUUCUCUGCUUGUUCUAAAGGUCAGGAUUGUGAAAUCAUUUCACCAGGCUGAAAACAAAGUGGGUGUGGCCACAGUCCAGUGGGAAACUCUGGACAGAAUCCUCUUUCUUGUCUCUUGCAGCCUCUCAAGAUGCAUGUGGGCAUUUGCUUGGCCCUCUGGAUAGUCCAAGCACCUGUCCAUGUCAGGACUCUUGAUCUCAUGUGCAAAAUUCAUCUCACAGUGUAAGGUAACAGGGAUUGUGACUACCCAGCUGGCCAUGGCACGACUGUCAUGUGUUCCUGUGUACCCUGAUGUCACCAGGAUGGAAAGGGACAAAACACAAGUACAAAUGUGAGAAAUUGCCCACCACAUAUAAAAGGACAAAGAGUGUGGAAGAGAAACUUGAAUUUCAUUUGAAGAGAUUUAGGAUGACAUGAAAAAAGAAGAGGAGGGCUGGAGAGAUGGCUCAGAGGUUAAGAGCACUGGCUGCUCUUCCAAAGGUCCUGAGUUCAAUUCCCAACAAGCACAUGGUAGCUCACAACCAUCUGUAAUGAGAUUUGGUACCCUCUUCUGGCCUUCAGGGAUACAUGCAGGCAGAACAUUGUAUACAUAAUAAAUCAAUCUUUUAAAAAAAGAAAAGAAGAAUGGUCUAGAUGAGUGGGGAAGAUCAAUGAGCGAGGGGUGAAGAGUUGAAGCAUAAGAGGAACUCUUGGUUUCUGAGCUGUGGAUGUGUGUCUAGAGAGCAAACUGAUGGGCAGGCAUAGGAAACGGGAGAAGACAUUCUGAGAACUGCAGUGUUAAAUCUGCUAUUGAUUCUUAAAUC